CCAUUGAAAACGUCCACUAGCUCGAGCCCUCAGAGGAAGGAAGCGAGGCAGAGACGCUGCUGAUAUUCAUUUCGGAAAUUAUAUGGCCAUCAGUUUGCCAUCGACUACACAAUGAGCGUCAGACUUUGUUUUCUCCCAGUGCUCUAUUGUAUUUGCAUCAAUCUAUCAUCCUGCACGCCCCCUGAAACGAGAUGUCCACUAUCUAUCUUCCCAUCGAACUGCAUCACCCCUCUGCACAACCUGUGCAUUCUGAGAUCCGCUCGCCGCGCAUUCUCGGCGUUCUCAGAUUUUGAUCCUUCAACAGUCGGAGUCCUGAGGUGUCGGUGUAGUCUCGGGCGUCGUUAUGGUAGCCGGUUCAUGCGAAAUAUGGACGGCGUUUCCAAUCCACGUUCCCACUCAGGCUACCCUGCGAAUGUGAGUCAACAGGAGGGCAUCAACUGCAUGAUGGAUUCGGUGUGGCACGGUGUGGAUCGGGUUUCAUUGGAAUGAGCGUUGAUAGUGUGCAUUGGCAGAUGUAUGGCCUGGAUGUUGCCGCCUUCAACCAUUGUGCAUCUGAGCAUGAUUUUCUUUUAUCUCCUUUCUCAACGCUCUCUUGAUAAUAUGGGUGUUGUUGUAUCUUCAUCAUACUCAUCAAUCACGGAAUCUCACGUCUCUCGUGAACCUCUUACCACCGCAUCAACUCCAAGAUACAAAUCAAACAUUCUGGGCUCACCAUUUCUGGCAUUC